CACGUACGAAUGUUCCUUCUUUUCUUCGGCAUCUUGGUUGGUUCAGUCAAUCAUCAACGACGAGACCAGUUAAAGAACACCAGUAAACGACCAUGGCGCAAGGGCUUCUGCUAUGGAGUCCUUGCCAUCCCCACUCGUACUCACUUCGCUUCAUACUUGUCAAACCUCACAGAACAAAACUCACAACACUUUCCAUCUCUGCCACUCUAGACUCCCCAAACGAAAUUACCCAAGAGCUCACUGCAAGAGAGAGAAGGCGUCUCAGAAACGAGAAGAGAGAGAGCAAAAUGGGGACCAACUGGAGGGAAGAAGUAGAGGAGAGGCUUCUCAAGAAACCCAAGAAGAGAUAUGCCACUUGGACCGAGGAGCUCAACCUUGAUACCCUCGCUAAUUUGGGUCCUCAAUGGUGGGUCGUUCGUGUUUCUCGGGUCAGGGGUCACGAGACUGCCGAACUCAUAGCUCGUUUGCUAGCCAGGAACUUUCCCCAAGUGCCCUUUAAGGUGUAUGCACCUGCAGUUCAGGUGAAGAGGAAAUUGAAAAACGGCUCCAUUUCAGUUAAACCAAAACCUCUGUUUCCAGGGUGUGUUUUUUUAAAGUGUAUAAUGAAUAAGGAGAUCCAUGACUUUAUAAGAGAGUGUGAAGGAGUUGGAGGUUUUAUUGGCUCCAAGGUUGGAAAUACGAAGAGACAGAUCAACAAGCCAAGGCCUGUGUCUGAGAUUGACAUGGAAGCAAUUUUCAAAAAGUCAAAAGAAGAGCAAGAAAAAUAUGAACAAGAGUUUAAGGAAGAGCAACAACAACAAGAGAUCCUUAACUCUUCACAACUCAACGCAGAACCACAGUCAGAUUCCGUACCAAAACGGCGAUCCAAGAAGGCUUCUGAUCCACUGAAGCUUCUUACCCCAGGUUCUACUGUCCGAGUUGUAUCUGGGAAUUUCGCGGAAUUUGAAGGAUGCCUUAAGAAGGUCAAUCGCAAAACAAAAAAGGUAACUGUGGGAUUUACACUGUUUGGGAAAGAAAGCUUAGUAGAACUAGAUGCCAAUGAAAUCGUUGCAACGACAACUUGAUGUAAAUAUGUUAAAUUGUCAAAACCAUUAUUAAUUGGUAAGUUUUACCCUUGCUUU